AUGUUUCGUCGAAGCGCUGAUGGAUGGGCUAGGGAUAACUGCCAGUGUACCCAGUGCGUCAAUCAGGACACGCGGCAGCGAAACUUUGAUACCUUCCAGUUGCCAGAGGACGUCCACCCGGUGAAUUUCUCAGAGACUGAGAAGCAUCUCGAGGUUCAGUGGUCUGAUUCGCACAAGAGUCAACAUCCCUGGUCCUGGCUCGACAGCUGGUUCGAGGGAGGAUAUGCUGAGCAGACUCGAGUGUUCUGGAAUUCAAGCAUAGAGGAUGCACCUCCCGAGGUUGCCUUUGAUGCUGUCAUGAGCAAGUCUGAUGAGAAGGGCAUGGCUGAUCUCACCAGAAACAUUUGGGUGCAUGGAUUUAGCUUCGUGGUCGAUACACCCCCAACACCAGACGCCACCGAAUCCCUCCUGGAAAAGGUUGGCCCUAUCCGAACUACUCACUACGGAGGGUUCUACGACUUCAUCCCAGAUCUUGCUCUGGCCGAUACGGCGUAUACAAACCUUGCCCUCCCUGCUCACACAGACACUACCUACUUUAGCGAGCCUGCUGGUCUACAAGCCUUCCACCUGCUAUCCCACCACGCCCCUCCUAAUGCCAAGCCGAGCGAUGAUGCUCUCGGCGGCCAAUCACUCCUUGUCGAUGGCUUUCAGGUUGCCAGCACACUGAAGAAGGAGUCCCCCGAGGCUUACGAGACCCUUCGAACGAUUCAGGUUCCAUGGCACGCCAGCGGCAACAAAGGCAUUGCCAUCGUGCCGGACCGCACAUACCCUGUCAUCGAGGAGGACAAUGGCGAGUUGACUCGAGUUCGCUGGAACAAUGAUGACCGUGGCAUCUUGGAUGUCUUUAACGCCGAGAAGUGGUAUAGUGCAGCUCGCAAGUGGAACGAGAUUAUUCGUCGCCGAAGCAGCGAGUAUUGGUUCCAGCUGACGCCAGGUCGCGUCGUCAUCUUUGACAACUGGCGCGUCAUGCACGGUCGAAGCGCCUUCGAGGGCAUUCGACGAAUCUGUGGAGCUUAUACUCCCCGAGAUGACUUCAUGUCUCGUUAUCGCGAGACUAACUUCCCCCACGAAUCGGUUAUUGGACGCAACCUCAACAUGAGGUCGAGGAAACCGACGGAGAACAAGCAGGAGUACGAGGCCAUCACCCGAGCACCUUGA